AUCGAGAGCCAAAAAAUCAAAGCAUCUGUCAUCGAUCAGUUACUACCAAGUCGAAUCAUUGAUGCGGGAAGCGCAGCAAGAUGCAGUUUGAGUUUGUCGACAACAGCUCCAUUGACAGAGCGACAAGACGGCGGAUCCGGAGACGAGCAGCCGAGGGCCGCAACGCGGGGAGAAAGCUCUCGAGGCCGUCCCGGAAAGCCGCAUUUGCAAAUAAUAUGGCGACGGUGAGGCCAUUCCCGGUCCAUGCCCGACUGCCACGGAGCGCAGGCCCCCAUGAUUGCCAGCCGCCCGCGGAUAGCAAUGGUAGCAGCAGUGUUGGCGGUAUUAGCUGUGUUAACACUCCUGUCUCGCCCUCGCCCGUCGUCGACCUUGGGUCUCCCCAUUCGGCCAUCAGUCCGCUCCCAGCCCACUUGCGUCGCCAUGCCCCCGGAUACGAGGGAUCCGCCCUGAUCCAAUCAGUCGUCUCUUUUUUGAUUGGGAUCCGACACGCUCCCGAACUGGAUCGAGUCCUCGACUACAGCUCGGAGUCCCGGUCUAAAUGGGUCGAGCCCAUUUUCUUUGACGAAGCUUACUUCCACGGAGCGGUCGCCGUAUACCUAUCUUACAGGACCCGUACUUUCCCGCCUCCGUACCACUGCCGGGCCCCCCAAGACCUGUCAAGCUCCCAGACGCGCCACCUCUGCCGCGCCCUCCGUCUGAUCAACAGUCGGCUCUCGAGGGAACACGCGGCCUCGAAUGAGAACUUGAUUGCCGUCAUGAUCCUGGGCUUGUAUGAGCGUCAGCAGGGUGCCUAUCACCGCGGACUCGUGCAUCUUACUGGGCUGGAGCGCAUGAUCCAGCUGCGCGGUGGUCUCGCCGCCUUGACCAGGAGCAAGUCCGGCCUGGCCCGCAAGGUAUUCAGGUAAUUAGGUUUCUCGUUUCCCUCCGCGGUCUCCGUAUUGCCCCAUAAUUAUCUAAUGAUUUGCCUACCUAUCUAUUAUUCAUUUAUCAAACCAUAUUUUUUUUUUUCCAAACCACAGAUCCGACAUUGAAUGCUCCCUCCACCUCGGCACGCCCACGCGCUUCGCUCUGGACCAAGUCGAACCGCUCCUGUCCGUUAACGCCCUCACGCCGUCCCGGAUUUCGGUCUUCCUCGAUGAC